GUCCUUCCCGGUGGGUGGGAUCGAGGAGGGGCCCGUGGCUGCUCCAGGUGGGGCAGGAAGGGAUUCACGCCAGGGGCACUCCCAGGAAGACGAGGGAGGGCCCGGGCCAGGUGAUUUGAAGGAGGGGGUCCCCUCUGGUGCAACCACAGGUGUGUACGCAUCACGGACACUGGCCUCAGCUACCUGUCCACCAUGUCGUCCCUCCGCAGCCUCUACCUGCGAUGGUGCUGCCAGGUGCAGGACUUCGGGCUGAAGCACCUCCUGGCCCUGGGGAGUUUGCGCCUCCUGUCUCUGGCAGGCUGCCCGCUGCUCACCACCACCGGGCUGUCGGGCUUGGUGCAGCUGCAGGAGCUGGAGGAGCUGGAACUGACCAACUGCCCCGGGGCCACCCCCGAGCUCUUCAAGUACUUCUCGCAGCACCUGCCCCGCUGCCUCGUUAUUGAGUAGCGCGGGGCCCCCGCCCUGGUCGCGGGAACCCGGCCAUGACCUGGGCGG